AUGGCUUUUAAGAAUUGGCAUCGCGGCGAUUAUCUCGUCUCGACAGAUCCUGACCUUCUCCAGGUCGAUGCCGUCAAUGCCGCUCUAGGCUCUGAGAUGGUAUGGUGGGCUGGGGAUCUGCCAGCUGCGGCACUUCAGGAAGCACUGCACAGUUCACUCUGUUUGGGCCUCUACCAAAAGGCACCGAUGGAGACACCAAAUGGGGCCAGGUCCUCCUCAACUUCAAAUGGAAUCGGGCUCGUGCGAGUCAUCACGGAUAACGUUACGUUCGCUUACCUGACCGAUGUCUAUAUUCUGGACGGGCAUCGGGGAUCCGGUCUUGGGCGCUGGGUACUCGAAAUCUUGAAUGAGAAGUUGCGCAGUUGGCCGCAUCUUCGACGCGUAAUGCUUUUGACGACGGACAAAAUGCAUCUUUUUAGCCGGAACUUAGGUAUGAAGGACUACAGGGAGUUUGAUGGCAUGAAGGGGGUUUCAAUCGCGAUGGUUGAAGGCCCAGGCGCGCAACAUUGA